AAAAUAAAGGUGCGAAAGAAAAAAUCGAUACGCGCAAUCUAGCAAAUUUACUGUGUCGAACGUGUUAGGACCUUUUCCAGGAGUCUGAGUUUUUAGGGUGUCAGAAGAUUUUGUGAGCACUUCCAUUCGUUCUAUCUGACCUUUCGAAUAGUUCCCUAGGGCAAAAAUUUAAAGUUUCGCGGAAAUGCUGAGUUAAUCUAAGUAAAUUAGCUCUUUCGUUCAUCUCGAACACAGCAAAGGCGUUUCCCCGACAGAUCCUGCAGUCAAAUAUCUUCGGAAACACCCCAGGGCGUUAUGCGACUCGUACAGUUACUACAAUUGUCGCUGGCUAUAGCGAUUCAAUACUAUUUCGGAAUUGCAAAUGGGUCGGAAGAUGAAGAACGAUUGGUGCGCGAUCUGUUCCGUGGUUACAACAAACUUAUUCGGCCAGUACAAAACAUGACGCAGAAAGUAGACGUCCGUUUCGGUUUAGCUUUCGUACAACUGAUCAACGUGAAUGAAAAGAAUCAGAUCAUGAAGUCAAACGUGUGGUUGCGACUCGUUUGGAGUGACUACCAACUGCAGUGGGAUGAAGCUGAUUAUGGUGGCAUCGGUGUGCUGAGGUUGCCCCCAGAUAAGGUCUGGAAACCGGAUAUAGUCCUGUUCAAUAAUGCCGAUGGUAAUUAUGAAGUGCGCUACAAAUCCAAUGUGCUCAUUUAUCCAAACGGAGAAGUUCUCUGGGUUCCGCCUGCCAUCUAUCAGAGUUCCUGUACGAUCGACGUAACAUACUUCCCGUUCGACCAGCAAACCUGUAUCAUGAAGUUCGGCUCGUGGACAUUUAACGGUGACCAAGUAUCGCUAGCUCUGUACAACAAUAAGAACUUCGUAGAUUUAUCCGACUACUGGAAAUCUGGAACAUGGGAUAUUAUCGAGGUUCCGGCCUAUCUAAACGUGUACGAAGGCAAUCCGACCGAAACGGAUAUCACGUUUUACAUCAUCAUUCGGCGGAAGACAUUGUUUUACACCGUCAAUUUGAUCCUGCCAACUGUGCUGAUUUCAUUCCUCUGCGUACUUGUGUUCUACCUACCGGCUGAAGCUGGUGAAAAAGUAACCUUAGGUAUUAGUAUUCUGCUGUCACUGGUUGUGUUCCUGUUGUUGGUUUCGAAAAUCCUACCACCGACAUCGCUUGUACUGCCGUUAAUUGCCAAAUAUCUACUGUUCACUUUCAUCAUGAACACCGUUUCCAUUCUCGUCACCGUUAUCAUCAUCAAUUGGAAUUUCCGUGGUCCUCGCACCCACCGAAUGCCGAUGUGGAUUCGAUCGGUAUUCCUGCACUACCUACCAGCAAUGCUGUUGAUGAAGCGUCCACGUAAGACGCGCCUGCGUUGGAUGAUGGAAAUGCCCGGCAUGAGUAUGCCACCGCAGCCGCAUACUCACCCAUCAUACGGAUCUCCGGCAGAAGUUCCAAAACACAUCAGCGCUCUCGGAGCAAAACAAUCAAAGAUGGAUGUAAUGGAGCUGUCUGAUCUACAUCACCCGAACUGCAAGAUGAAUCGAAAGAUGAAUAGCGGUGAUCUCGGGCUGGGCGGUGAUCCUUGCCGCCGAGAAAGCGAAAGUUCUGAUUCGAUUUUGCUCUCACCGGAAGCCAGCAAAGCCACGGAAGCUGUCGAGUUCAUAGCUGAGCAUCUGCGAAACGAGGAUCUAUACAUUCAGACCCGUGAAGAUUGGAAGUACGUGGCGAUGGUGAUUGACAGAUUGCAGCUGUAUAUUUUCUUCAUUGUUACCACUGCCGGAACGGUCGGAAUCCUGAUGGAUGCACCACACAUCUUCGAGUACGUCGACCAAGAUCGCAUCAUCGAGAUUUACCGCGGCAAAUAAUUUAGCUUACCGGACGACGAUCAAAAGGCGACAUCGUUGUUAAAAUACUACGUUAACAUUUGCUCAAAUAUGAGACGUUUUCACGCAAUGCAGACGAAAAGUUUUACCCGAUAACAAAUUGUAAUCCGGUUUCUAGCGUAUGAUUAUUCAACAAAUUCCUGCGUCCAGUGAUUCCAAUCAAAAAUAUUUCAUUCCUUUUCACCCGUCUCACAUCUGAGUUUAUUAAAAUAAAGUACUAGUGUGAAAAUGCUGUUUUUAGUUGAGUAACGGUUAACAACUGCAACGAGAAUUUUGUGACAAAACUUAAAUUUUUCGAAAUACUAUGCUCAGCAAAACUACUAAGACAGAAAUAGCAAUGACAUAAAGAGAUAAACAAUAACUAGGCUACUACGCAGACAUACUAAACUAAAAAACUCGAAACUAACACACAAAAACAGAAACGCCAUUUAAACAAAUUUAAAGAAAAUAUUCGAGCACAAAAAUAGUAUUCAGAACGUUAUGGGAGAAGUGGGUAAGCAAACAUAAAUAGAAAACAAUUAGCUUAACGCUGUAAGCUGUAAACGAUUUUUGUGCACAAAACGUUAAGAACCUAAAAAUAAAAAGCUAACCAACAGCAACCAAACAUUGACAUUAACAUUAAACGUUGUAUUGAUAAGCAUUUUUAAGAGAGAAAAAGGGUAUAAUAAUAAACUUACAGUAUAGUUCGUA